AUGUUCGGUGAGAAAAAUCGUACGGCUAAGCAGACAGCAAUGAAAGCCCUUUUGAACACCAAGAGGGCUGAAGGAUCAUCGGUCAGGGACUAUUUUCUGAAGAUGAUGAGUCUUCUGAAUGAACUGGAGGUCCUUGGAGCUGUGAUUGAUAAGGAGUCUCAAGUUGAGAUUGUCCUGCAAACUCUGCCUGACAAAUUUAUUAUCAAACAACAAGCUCCAGUUGUGGCACUCAAUGUUGAGAAAGCUUCAGUUUCUAAGUCGAAAGGCGGUAAGAGAAAAAAGAAGGCUCAAAAGGUUUUGGCACCUGGAGGUGCAGCUGGUGUGAAAAAGCCCAAAAGAAAGUGCUAUCAUUGCAAGCAACCUGUCAUCACAAAAAGCAAUGCCCUGCCUAUUGGGCAAAGUUGA